AAUAUGGCGGUGGGUAAGAGGCUUCGUCUGGGAAGGUUUUAGUAAACUUUCCUCCUCCGUGGAGUCCGUGAAAGUGUUUGUUUUUACACUGACAACAUGAGCUUUAAAUAAGUUUUAAAAGUUUGAUUCAGAAGGUUUCAAACCGGCAGCGCGAGGAGGAAGAGCCACGAUCCAUCUAGACAGUGAGGGGAAUCGCAGCAUUGCCAGGAAUUUACUAUAAUUUUUAAUCAAGCCAUGGGGGAGCACACCCCAGACUCGGCGCCAAUUCUCUCCUCUGACAGCGAAGCUGACGUUCCGGAUGAUCAUGACGGGGUGGCAGCUCAGCAGCAACAAGAAGAAGAGUUUGCCAGCGGGGUGUCCCAGGUUCGAGCGGUGCUGACCGUUCUCAUCCUCUGUUACAUCAACCUGCUCAACUACAUGGACCGCUUCACUGUGGCAG